UUUUUAUCAACAUUUUUUUGUAAUAUAUCUGGAUGGAUGAAUAAAUUAAUUAAUUCACGAUUAAUCAAAACUAUUUUAAAUGGCAUUCAGGACAAAUUGUUACAGUUCACCAUUCGAAAAAUUACAUUUAAGUUAGGUGGGGUAAGGGGAACAGGCUACGGGUAAGAGGGACACUUGUACGGAAAUUAAACACUUAGAGAUAUUUAAAGAUAUUAAAAACCAAAUUAAAUGAUAAUACUCAUAAAAAUAAGUUAAUGAAAUUAACUUCAAAUACUUAGGUACCUAAAAGGGCUUUUUUAUACGGUUAGAUACCGUAUAUACCUAAUAACAAUGUACGUACGACUAUUUCAGCUAUACGACACAGGGGGACUAUAUUUAGGACACAUCCUUGGCACACCAAUAAAAAUAACGAUUAAUUUACAAUGUCAACUUAUUGUUAACGUCUCGCCCUUAUUAUCUCUUUGUUUUCGUAAUAGGUUAAUAGUGUUAUCAGUAAACCGCGCUCUGCUCAGUCAUUAUUGACUGCCAUCCCGUAAAGAACACAUUUAAAAUGUAUCGAGUGUUGUUAUUUCUCACUAUUUUUAAUUUUGUGGAGCCUCAUCAGUGGUGCAACCAGCAUCCAACCCUCUGCCAUAGAAACCAUCACGAUUACAAGCGCCAUCAUGAUCACAGGGACGAGAGAUUCUUCCAUCGCCUUGCCAACGACCUUAUCGAAGUCGACAACAAAGCUAAAGAUUUCUGCGUUCAAAAUCAAGGGAUCACUACUAAAGAAAUUUAUGAGCAAGAUGUCUACAAAUAUAUUGUAAGUCUUCCUAAUUACAAUGAGAGUAAAAUUGAAGUGAAGAUCAAGCAUCGUGUGCUUUACAUCAAAGCUGACAAAGCCGAUAACAAUAAGUAUGUGAACGUGAAGAUACUAACAGAUCUGCUCAAUACUGCUUCUGCUAAGUGGUACUACGGUAACGGAGAACUAACAGUUGCUGUGCCUUAUAAAGUGUCUGUGGCGACGGAAGUACCAACGAGCUGUGGAGAUGAAAUCAACAGCAACGUUCUCGAAGUCCGCAAGUCUGAUUUUGAUCCCAAUGAAGCACCAGAAAUUGACGUGAGGUUCUCAAACAAGGCUGCAAAUGUAAAUAUUACGGAAAAUAUUGUGUAAUUAUGAGAUUUUCUUUAUCAACUUGAUGUUUUUUGAGAAUCGGAAGUGGUUGUAACUUCAUUAUUGAUAGCCUGUGGCAAAGUGUAUUUUCUCAAGGUUUCCCGAAAUGUAUAAUUAUGUAGUGACCCCAACAGAUACAAACUAUUUUUCAAGUUUUAACUGGUCAAACCAGCUUACUCUAAGGACAGCUUACUCUACUUUCUUAUGAAAAUAUUUGAAUUUGUGUUUAUUAAAAGUACUCACACUACUUCGUUUAUUUUGUUAGUUUUAUUACUCGUAAGUUUAUGGUAUUGGCUUAUUUUGUAUUAUAUUAUUUGUUUAAAAUAUUUCUAAGUAUAUUGUUACCCGCACACCAGUGCCGCACAGCAGUGUUUUUAUCUCUUUAUUUAUUUAGUGUAAGAUCAUAAUGAUCAAAUCAAAACCCAUUCAGUCAACUAAAAUCAUGUAACAAUUUUUAAGUACUUAAAACUUUAUUCUAAAGUGCUUUGAUAAUCAUACAGUAUAAUAUAUGCACCUAUGUUUCAGGAGUGUAUAAUAUUAAUCACACUUUUAUUAGGAUUAGUGUUCUAGUUUUGGUACCACAUGAUAAUACCUACUAUAAAUUACGUCUGCGAUAUGUAUUAAUGACUAGCACAAGUUGUUGUGUUGCUAAACCUGGUCAGAAAGCAUCUUAGGUAGGUACUUCAGCAAUGAACAUGUUUUAGUAGUAUACAGUAUAUAGGUAAAAAACUUAAGUAAGUCACCUGUUGUAUGUAAUUGUGACGUGUUCGAAUAGACAAAACAUGUUUAAAAGACACACACAAACAAAAAAAAUGUCUAAUCGAACACGUCACAACUACAUACAACAGGUGACUUACUUAAGUUUUUUACCUAUACCCACAAUCGGUACGGUAGGUAUAACUUGAUAUUUUAGCUCUUUACUUGUGUGCUAAUUUUACUUGUCGAACGAACGAGCGAAGCGAAGUCAAGUUCUUACAUUCUACUUGGAACACAUGACUGUAUAGGUGCACGUUCCGGCAUUUCGAUGUUUUUAAGCUGAACUAUCAGAUGAUAGUUUGAUGGGUACUUAUUUAUGUAAAUUUGUUAUAAAUUAAAUGAAAUUGGGUAAAUAUGUUAUUGAGGGAGUUAUAUUUCAGUCAUUAAAUUAUGAGGAGGCUCGAUCAAGAGAUUAUGGAGCUAGAAGAGCCUAGAAGACCAAUAAGAUAUUUGUGAGGAGUCUUGCUGUUCAACUUAUUUCCAAGAAAGUAUGGUCGAGUUUGGAAUCAAAUGAAUGUGCUCGGCUUACACAUUUAUAAUGGCUCCUCUACACGAUGGCCCAGCGCUGGACCAGCGAGAUGGCCAUACGGUGGUUGAGAUCAUGCACUAUGGAAAGGGCCACGUGUAGAUGUGUACGCACCAUCGCUGGCCCACUAUCUUUGAUGUGCGGACGAAAAACCGAUAUGUUGGCUAUCCCAUCGCCAUCCCGCCGCGCCAUAAGUCAUCCGACGCCACUACCCUCUCUACACGCUGGCCCAUCAUAGUGGGCUAGUAUGAUGGUCCAUCAUGUAGAGGAGCCAUAAUACUGUUUUUUAAUUAACGAUUUUAAAACAAUAAACAAGGUAAAACCGAAAUAAAAUAAACAUAAUAUAGGUAUUUGACAUUCGAUCAAAAAGAUUAAGACACGACAGAUACAGUUUAUUUUAAUAUUUGAGGUGACCUAAAUAUAUCAGUUACGGGCUUCACAGAUCUUGCAAUAAAUCGCACGCGGUUUUCGAUCCUUUGCCGCCUAAGUAUGUGCAUUCAAUAUCAGUCAUUUUGGUGAACCGCGAGUUCUCAGUUCGGGGCGAACUACUAGUAUACACACUAUCGCUUACAGUUAUCUGCUUGCAACCUCUGAAUUGCUACCAUCAAUGUCAAAACAUAAUAUGUGCUACAAUCAUAUUUUAGUAUUUAUAUCUCUUUGAAUGUGAAUAGCUACAAUAAAUUUAAUGUUUGUUGUUACUUAACUUAAUAAGAGUUUCACAAACUGGGGCCCACUUCUCGAACGGUAUUAGUCUAAUAUUAUUAGUGCGUUGCCAUGGUAACCCAUACGACUUGACCGUUCGUGGACUAAUAUUAUUAGUCUAAUAAAGUUCGAGAAAUGCGCCCCUGUGCACCAAUUUUCUAGUCUUCUACCUGGGACUUAUUUUCGACAGGAAUGCGAUGUAACUGUAGGUAAAGUAAUUAAAGAACAGGAGGCUAGCCAAGGUGAUAACCGUACAUCGACGGACGAAAAAAAAUGGGCCAAGAGCAUGUCGGGCCAUGCUCAGUGUAGGGUUCUGUAGUUACUUUUCUGUCAGAAUAGGCUAAACGGGGGGUACUAGUAAGAUCAUGUACAUUACAAGCAUAAGCUUUGUACUUCUUUUUAGACUUUCUGCAAUAACUCAAAAACAGCAACACCGAUUAUGUUUAAUAUAAUUUUCAUUAAAAGCAUUUAUUAAGCAUUUGUUUUGCGAUUUUUUUCAUCUUGGUACCCAAGGUUCAAAAGUUAGAAGGGGGGGCACAUAUUAUUUUCUUACCGUCCAGUCGCUAUGUAUGAUUUAUAUAUCCUUGCUAACUUACAGUUUUCUAUCACGGAAUAAAGCCUCUGACGGACAGACAGACCCUAGUUUAGUUGACUACGGAUCGCUAAAAUGUAUCGGGGGGACAGAUACUACAAAAAGCACGUGACCUUGUCCAAAUUGGUGUUUUCUAUCAACGAUUGUCAUCUUGGCUAGGCCAAAACAACCUAAUAUGGAAGGAUGGUAGGAUGGCCUGAGGGUCCAAAACAUGCCAACGAAACGAAUUUCGACCCAGGUAUUUGUGUGUUAAUUACAAAUAUUUCUUCCUGA